AUGUGUUAUGCCCCAAGUGCGGAUCAAAUCAGCACCUUAGCUGAACUCAACUUGCCGCAAAUAUCCAAGUGGUAUGACUAUGAACCAGUGAAUGUUGCCAAGAAGUCCACAGAAUUGAGUACAAAGUGGGUCGAAGCAAUUCCUCUGAAGAACGCUACGGGGCCUGCAGUUGCGAACUUCAUCAAGGAGAAUAUCAUUUGCCGAUUUGGAGUACCAAACACCAUCCUCUCGGAUAACGGCACUCCCUUCAUAAACAAAUAUGUGAAGAGCCUCCUAGAGACUUACCAAGUGAAGCAUCACAAAUCCACACCCUACUAUCCAAAAGGGAACGAGCAAGCGGAAGCCAUAAACAAGACACUGAUAAGGAUUCUGAGCAAGAUGAUGGAUGAGUUUGGGGGGACUUGGUCCGAACAGUUGAUAGUAGCCCUAUGGGCGUAUCGCACUUCGAAGAGAAAGCCAACUCAAGCAGCUCCUUACUCCCUUGUGUAUGGGUCCGAGGCAGUGUUACCUAUAGAGUUGGAAACGCCAUCUGCUCGAAUGGCUCUCGCCUCGGGGAUGGUAUUGGAGCCUCGAACCACCAGAUUGGAAGCAUUAGAGGAAAAGCAUGACAGAGCUGCAAAAGUCAUGGAAAGGUAUCAUGAGUCUAUCGCCCGAGCCUAUAACCAGACUGUGGUACCAAGGAAGUUUGAAGAAGGUGAUCUAGUAUGGAGGAUUGUAGACCCAAUCAUGCGAGGACAAUCUUUGCCCAAGUUUUCUCCAAAAUGGGAAGGGCCCUACAAGGUGGUUCAGGCCAGCUCAAGUGGGUACUACAAGCUUGUAAGGGUUGAAGAUGGCUUCCGAACUGGCCCGCUCAAUGCAAAGUUUAUCAAGCAUUACUACCCAUAG